GUGUUGCCGAUAUGACAAGUGAUUGUUAAUAAUCUACUCUCACUGAUGUUUACUUCGUUUCUUUGUGCUGUUUUGGGGAAAACCCACGUUUCUGUUUCAUUCAAUUUCGCUUGCUGUCAUUCAUCUGUGCCAGGAAAUGCCCACAUUUGAUUGAAAUUUGCGAGAGAAAUUAGAUUGUUGUUGUGUGAUAGUUAUUUUCUUACAAAGAAUUCUGAGGAUUUUUCUGAAUCUUUCACCAUGCAAAAAAGCUUAAACAUACGCCUUUUUUUGCAGAUUGAUAUUACAAAAUGUUUAGUUCUCUUAAUUUCUCUUUUGGGGUUUCACAUGCCUAACUGUUUGCUUGCUUAGCUAUUUGUCAUGAUAUGUAUACCUGCUUUGUUCAUUUUAUUGAUAAUCGUUUUGGUAUCCUCUAAUAUGCUUUUGUAUGGGCUUGAGCUUGCGUAGAAUCAGUGGGGGUUAUAAACUUAGGAUGUCUUUACAUUGUUAAAACUAAUGGUUGAUUCUCACUUUGAGAGCCUACCAUUUUGUGUAAUUGUCCUUGUAGGCCUGAGAAACAGGUUGUAUACUUGCAUUGUAUGUUUUACUCUAUUAUUCCCCCAUAUAUGUUAUGGUUCAAUUUAUGAUUUUACAUGCAGAAGCAGAGAAGUGCAUUGACUUGGCAAACUUCCUCUCCAACGAUGGAGUACAAUAGUGAUGUAUACGUUCAUUUAGGAGAAGGCUCUUCUCCUAAACUAGAGAGAAUUCAAAAGGUUUCAAUGUUGCCUCUUGUGUUCUUGAUCUUCUAUGAGGUCUCAGGGGGUCCAUUUGGAGUUGAAGACAGUGUGCAGGCUGCUGGUCCCCUCUUAGCCCUUCUUGGUUUUCUGGUUUUUGCACUCAUAUGGAGUGUUCCUGAGGCCUUAAUAACUGCUGAAAUGGCGACCAUGUUUCCGGAAAAUGGUGGAUAUGUUGUUUGGGUUUCAUCAGCGUUGGGUCCUUAUUGGGGCUUCCAGCAAGGUUGGAUGAAAUGGCUGAGUGGGGUCAUUGACAAUGCUCUAUACCCCGUUUUAUUCCUAGACUAUCUAAAAUCGGGAGUCCCCGAGUUGGAAACUGGAUUAUACAGAGUAAUUGCCAUAUUGUGUUUGACUGCAUUUUUCACUUAUUUGAACUAUAGGGGCUUGAGCUUAGUGGGCUGGGUUGCUAUUUUACUUGGAAUAUUUUCUCUACUUCCUUUCAUAUUUAUGGGACUUGUUGCAAUUCCUAAGUUACAACCCUCAAGAUGGCUUGUGGUGGAUAUGCAAAAUGUGAACUGGGCAUUGUACUUGAACGUUUUGUUCUGGAAUCUCAAUUACUGGGAUUCAAUUAGUACUCUGGCGGGGGAGGUAGAAACCCCGAGCAAAACGCUUCCAAGAGCUCUCUUUUAUGCUCUUAUUUUGGUUGUAUCAGGAUACAUUUUUCCACUUCUGGUAGGAACAGGAGCUAUCCCGGUGGAUCGUGAACUCUGGUCUGAUGGCUACUUCUCAGAAAUUGCUAAAAUACUAGGUGGUGUAUGGUUAAGAUUUUGGGUCCAAGCUGCAUCUGCUUUGUCAAACAUGGGGAUGUUUGUAGCUGAGAUGAGCAGUGAUGCUUAUCAGCUUCAGGGGAUGGCAUACCGUGGGAUGCUUCCAGCAUUCUUUGGCAAGAAGUCUCGGCAUGGGACUCCUAUUAUAGGAAUUUUAUUUUCUGCAUCUGGUGUGAUUCUACUUUCAUGGAUGAGUUUUCAAGAGAUUGUAGCAGCGGAGAACUAUUUAUACUGUUUUGGAAUGAUAAUGGAGUUCAUAGCAUUUGUCAAGUUAAGGAUGAAAUAUCCAGCUGCAUCUCGGCCUUAUAAGAUCCCCGUCGGUACAACAGGUGCAAUUAUGCUUUGUAUUCCCCCGACCCUACUGAUUGUUGUGGUCUUAGCUCUUGCUUCUUUGAAGGUUAUGGUAUUAAGCAUCUUUGCUGUGAUAAUUGGGCUGGUUAUGUAUCCUUGUCUCAAGUACACUGAGAAGAAGAGAUGGUUAAGAUUCUGUGUGGCCCCUGACCUUCCUGAUAUCGGAUCAGUACUGCAAUAACCGGCGGCGAAAUCUGAUAUCAGGAGAAUCUUUUAUGUAAAAAGCAUGUGGACAAGAGUUGAGUCUUAUUCAAGAGUGUUGUGGUGGUGAGAGAAAGUGAGCUGUGUAGAUUAAGCAAAUGGAUAAGAUGAUAUUAUGCUAAAACACAAUGAUGGCAACUUCAAGAGAUAUCAACAUAAGAAAUGCUCUUACCAUUGCCACGAAACGAAAUAACGAUGUAAUGGUUUCCAUGAGGAGCUCAGCUUAAUGUUGUUACCGUUGAAUGACUCUUGUUCAGGCUCCUCUAAAGGGAAACUGUGUAACUUUUUGGCUUUAUUUUAUACUAUUCUGUUAAGUUGAUGAGGCUGAAAUGCUGGUAGACUUUGAUCAAGCUUUUACAUGUUAAUGCCAUGCCAUUGUUGAUUUCA